GCCUCAGUUGCGUUGUGGUGACGUUAGCGUGAGGGAGGAAAAGUGACGAGCUCGUGUUCCGUUCCGAUUUAAAAACCCAUAAAAUUAUCUCUUAAAAAGGAAAAAAUAAGAAAAAAAGGAAGACAAUCCGCAGGCGAUUUCUCUUUUGUUCUCUCCGGUUACGAGGUGGACCUAAUAUGACAGCGUGUCUAGAGCGGGAAUAAUGUCGCAAAGCAGCGUUCACAGCAGCAGCAACAUCGACGAAGAGUGGUGCUCUAAUGACGAGCUGAGCGACGAGUACGAGAUCGACGAGUCCUCGGUGGACGACGAACACCCCUCCUCCACCUCGGGCCCGCGGGUCAAGAAGCACGUCAACAAGGGGCGCUGGACCAAGGACGAGGACGAGAAGCUCAAAGGGCUGGUGGAGCAGCACGGCGAGAAGUGGGAGGUGAUCGCCGCUGGCUUCCCCGACAGGAACGACGUCCAGUGCCAGCAGCGGUGGCACAAGGUCGUCAAUCCCGAGCUGGUGAAGGGACCCUGGACCAAAGAGGAGGAUGAGAAGGUCAUCGAGCUGGUGAAGAAGUACGGUCCCAAAAGAUGGACCCUGAUCGCCAAGCACCUGAAGGGGCGCAUCGGGAAGCAGUGCCGGGAGCGAUGGCAUAACCACCUGAACCCGGCCAUCAAGAAGAGUGCCUGGACCGACGAGGAGGAUAACAUCAUCUACGAGGCACACAAGCAGUGGGGCAAUCAAUGGGCCAAGAUUGCAAAGCUGUUGCCCGGAAGGACUGACAACGCAAUCAAGAACCACUGGAACUCCACUAUGCGAAGGAAGUAUGAAGCGGAGAUGACCGCCGCUGGUCGAAAGAAGCAACGUGGAGGACGGCCUUCCUCUGCCCAGACUCCUCCUGUAAUGGCUUCCCCUGUUCCUCAUCCUCAACAUUACACACAUGAAUAUCACCACAGACCAGAUAUGAUGGGACCACCCAUGAGUCAUGCCCCACCACAUAUGACACAACAGACGCCACCUCCUCCUCCUCCCCAGUCCCACAUCUACACUCCCAAUGGUGGCUAUACCCCAACACCGCCCCAUCCACACCAAGAAUUCCAUCCCCAUAGCCACUUUGACAUGCCACCUGCCAUGCACACGCCUGUUCCCAUCAACAACACAUCCCCAUAUGGCCAGGAGGCAUAUUCACAAAGCUACUGGGAGCAGAACAGCCCCUACAGCACAAACUACAACAUCCCUCCUCAGCAGCAAUCAUCUGUCCACCAGUCACAGCAAAGCCAUGCCCCUGGCACUAUUCUGGAUAGCAUUGGUGUGCCUGUCUCUACCCAGGUGAGUGAACCAUGCCACCUGCAACAGCCUUCACCACGGGGUACUAAUGUGGGUAUAGUGAGUACGCCUGUUUUGAGUGAGGAGAUUGGGCCCUUACACCACCAGCUGCCACCGACCCCAGGAACUAUUCUCGAUUGUGAGGGGUCUCCUCUGUCUAGUGAGCAGGUGACCACCUCCACCCCUACACCACCUCCGGGCAUGCCUACUCCACCCCUGAGUCAGUGCAACCAGUACCCGCCACAGCUUCCCCAGCCGCCCUCUGUGUCAUCAUCGUCAUCAGAUUCAGUGAGCCCACCAUUAAACCAAGGCUUCUUGCUGUCCCCGGACAAGACUAGCAUCUACCAUGACCUUGGCAUCAUCUCUCCUCUGAAGUACUUUGAGGAGUUAGGAUCCCUUUCUCCUCUGAAGCCAGACCGUGGUAUGGAAGUCUUCAGGGCUGAGUUGGACAUGGGUGCUUUUGAAUUGCUUACGUGCAGUCCUGUUAAGAUAAAGCAAGAAGUUGUCCAGGAGCUCUCCACCCCAAAAGCAGUGUCAGCUUGUAGUGUUGCUACAUCCUCCUCCUCCUCCUCCUCUGCUUCAUCUUCAUCCUCAACCUCGACAUCUACUGUGAACUCGUGCCCAAUAUCUUCCAUCACUUCCUCAGCUCCUCUCUCUACUGUGUCUGCUGUCACUACCAGCUCCACAACAACCCAUAACAUGAGUACCAACAGUGCGCACAAUGGCUCUUUCUCCUCCCUGAACUCGUCACGCCUCUCAACUCCUCCCAUUCUGAGACGGGGCAGGAGGAAGCAGCCUUCCCCUACCAAGAGGUCCCUUCUGUCUUUGAUGGAGCAAAAUGAGUCUCUGCUCACCACUCCCCAGAAAGUGACACCUGUCAAGAGCAUCCCCUUUAGUCCCUCGCAGUUCCUCAACAGUCCUAACAUCUCCUUUGAUGACGGCAACCUCACCUCUACCCCUGUCCUGGGAGGCAUUCCAGUCUCGCAGUCCACUCCAGUCCAGCCGCCUCCUCCCUCGUCUCACCCACACCAUACCUCCACACCCAGUGAGUCGAGUGGCCAACCCCGGACGCCAAAGUCUCGAAGGGUCCUCAUUCAGCCUACACCCCAAACGCCAACCCCGCUUAAGAAUGCCUUGCGGGAGAUAGAGAAGAAGAGUGGCCCUCUGAAGCAUCUGCCUCAGACGCCAACACACCUAGAAGAUAUAACUGAAAUUAUUCGCAAAGACACUGAGAGAGACCGAAGUAAAUUCGAGACUCCUUCAGUGAAUAGUCAGAGUGCACGUAAUCAGUCUGGUAUCAAUGACAGUGGAUAUGGCACAGUAAAGCGUAAAGCUCCUCCUCCAAGUGGCAAAGAAAAUUCCCCAAGCAAAAAAGCUCGGAAGGCUCUCCCAUAUUCCUGGUCAACACCGGGGGAGAUCCAGGUUCCUGGCUUUUGUGCAGAACCACUUACUCUUAUGCCAGAGACACCUAGUAAAAGCCUGAUAGGUGACUCAUCAGUGCUGUUUUCACCCCCCUCAAUCAUCCGUGACACACUGCCUGACGAGAACCAUCCUCUUGCUUCAACUUCUCUGCUUGGCAACAAAUCCCCAAAGAAGGCGAGAGAAGGUGAAUUUGGGUGCGUAAAGAGGAUAUCCUUCGGCGAAGGCCAGACCACCAAGGCCAACCUCUCGAAGUUGGAUGUGAGGUGGGAGAUGGUGGCGUGCGGCAAAACCGAAAACCAGCGCCGCCUGACCGAGGAGGCACGGCAGUUUGUCACCCAGAACUCCACUCUCAAGCCACGGUCACUCAACUUGUAGGGUUGCUCUUGCCUCUGGGUUACAUGUGGAGGAAAUUCUGAGGAGCAGUGUUGUUGCUUUUUAUUGUUUGGCAUGGGUGUAUGGGGUUAUUUUUCUUAAUGUUUGUAAC